UAAAGUAAAUUAAAGCACGACACCGCUUUCCAUUUCUUCCCGAAAUUUACUCCCAAAACCGGCACCGGUUCGUUCGUCGGCGUGAUGUCGGAACCCUAGCCGUAACCCCAGCUCCGAGUCCCGGAGGAGAUGAGGAAAUCCCAUCGCCUCGUCGAAGGCUUCCCUCUGGAAUGGAAAUGGCUCGCACUCCUCCUCGGGAUUCCUCUCCUCACCCUCUCCCUCCUCUUCGCCACCCUCGCCCCCGGCAAGCCGCGCAUCCCCUCCGAUCUCGAUCCCACCGCUGGCGGCCGCCUCUCCCCGAGGCUGCCGAGGCUCGCCUACAUGAUCUCCGGCUCCCGGGGCGACGGCCCGCGGCUCCGGAGGGCUUUACAGGCUCUGUACCACCCCUGGAACUUCUAUAUCCUCCACCUUGACCUCGCCGCCCCGCCGGAGGAGCGGGCGGAUCUGGCGGCAUACGCCCGAUCAGAGCCGGCGUUUGCCGAGUUCGGGAACGUCCGGGUGGUGGAGAACGCCGACGCGGUGUCGUACAAGGGGCCGACGAUGGUCGCGUGCACCCUCCACGCGGUCGCUAUCCUAUUGAGGGAGUUCGAGGAGUGGAGCUGGUUCAUUAAUCUCAGCGCCGCCGAUUAUCCUCUUAUGCCGCAAGAUGAUAUUCUUCAUAUGUUUUCAUACCUGCCGAGGGAUCUCAACUUCAUUGCGCACACGAGUAAUAUUGGCUGGAAAGAGUAUCAGAGGGCCAGGCCCAUCAUUGUAGAUCCAGGAUUGUAUGUAUCAAAUAAAACCAGUGUAUUUUGGGCUAAAGAAAAAAGAAGCAUGCCUGCAUCUUUCAAACUAUUUGCAGGCUCUUCGUGGGUGGUGUUAGCUCGGCCUUUCCUUGAAUUUUGCAUACGAGGUUGGGAUAAUCUCCCCCGGACAUUACUCAUGUACUACACGAAUUUCUUAUCAUCCACAGAAGGCUACUUCCAUACUGUGAUAUGCAAUUCCAGAGACUUCCAAAACACCACCAUCAACCAUGAUUUGCGUUUCAUGAUGUGGGACGAUCCACUUCACCAAGACCCCCUACAUUUGACAUCGCAGCACUUCGAUCUGAUGGUUGAUAGUGGGGCACCUUUUGCUCGAACAUUUACCAAGGAUGAUCCUGUUCUGGACAGGAUCGACAGGGAACUGCUGGGGAGAUCGAGUGGCAGAUUCACUCAAGGUGGGUGGUGCUUGGGGAGUUCCCGGUUUGGUAAGGAUCCUUGCGCUGUUUAUGGAAAACCUGGUGUUAUAAGACCAUCGAUGGGUUCGAGAAGGCUGGAGAGGCUGUUACUGAAGCUCCUGGAACCUGAGAAUUUUAGGCCUAGACAAUGCGAAUAAUUCAAACAUGUUAUACCCCACUACUGUAGAGUUUGUAAGGUUUUAUUGCACGGCUGGUUAUGGGGCAAAGGUGCGCAUUGCGGCAGUUUCUGUUGUGCAUAUGUUGUAUAACUGAUUUUGAGGGAGGAUCGGCAAUUGUUUUUAUCCUUUUCUUCGUUUUUUCCCCCAUUUUAUUUUUUAAGGUCAUCUUUUGAACAAAUGUUCGAAAGAUGAAAAAUUCAGAGAAGUGCUAUGUGAUAGAUGGGAAGGUUUUUUCCCCCAUUUGCAGGCCACCAGUGUAUUAUUGUAUAUCACUCUUGUUUUAAGCUGGACAGAUGCAUUCCUUUCCGAUUCAUGCUUCGAGGUGAUGUUUCGAAAUCAAGAUAUUGUGAACAUUUUGGAUUAUUGAGUUUUAUGCUUAAUGAUGGUUGAGAAGAAAAAGACUCAUGCUAGUUUUGAAA